UUGGAACAUAAGUAGGAGUAUCCGUUACACCAAAAGCAAGUUCAUCAUGUUCCCACAUUAACAACCCCAUUGCCUUCAGUUUACAACUACAUUUAAUUCUACAGAUAGUGUGAGAGAUUUUAGUGAUUGAUUGAUUGAAAAUGGUUGCAAGAAGCCCACCAAAGCUCAAGAAAAUGGUGGCUCCUCUCAAUCCCACCCUUCUCAGAGAAACUGUUGACAAGGUGGACAAAUGUGUGGCAAGAUUACAAGAGCUUCAAUACACAGUAACAGGAGGGAGAAAAGUUAUAUCUGGCGUGAGUUUGAGUCCACGCAGUACUAGAGUCUAUUUAAAAACUAGUCUCAGAUGCAAGCAAGAGUCUGCAAGGAUCCGGAAUGCUACUCCUAGAAAAUCUCCACCUGGAACUUUGCCUACAAACAGAGGCGAAUGGCGACGAAUGUCAUUGCCAGCAAUGCUGCUAGGAGAAACAGUGGGUGAAAUACUGCAAGCUAGUCAAUUUGCUAAAGAUAUGGUGGCAAUUGCACCAACAAACACAUUAGAUGCCACUGAUGAUCCCAAAACUCCACUAAAUGUGAGGCGUAAACAGAGGUCAAGCCCCGAGAACUCUGAACUCAAGGUACGAAGAAAGAGGGAGAAACAAACUGCCUUGCAAUCUAUUCGAGUAGAUGCUGAUCCCCCAAGACUGCAACGGGCUAAAUCUAGGAUAAAUUUCAAGAUCUCUCCACCAAAGAAAAGGGAGAAUGAUAAAGAAAAUUGUCGUUUUUCUGCCAACAGAGUUUCCCCGAGGCACAAACCAUGGGCUAAGAAAGCAGUACUUUUUCCCAACCCAUUGUUCCAUACAUCACCUACAAAAAAUCAGCAGAAAUUCAACAAAACAAUGUCUCCAGUGAUUGCCAGAAACCGACCAACUACUCCACACAAGUUCUUGAUCAAAUCCCCCGCUUCCGCUUCAAAGUUUCAAGUGAAGAUCAAGAGUCCACCACUUAGUUUAUCCCCAACAAGACCCUCAACUUUGAUCAGAAAAUCACCAAAAAUAUCGACUGCAACAAAAUUGCGUAGAUCAUUUUCACCAUCAAGAUUGGCAAACAAAUUGGUUUCGCCAUUGAGAAAUAGAAAAUCUCUAAGCAAUAUUGAUGGGGUCAAGAUGAUGAUGAGUGGACUCAAACAAAGACCAAGUUCUUCUAUACCAAUGCAGUUCUCCGCUCGAAGAAUUUGAAGGUUAUUAAAGAAAAUUAUUUAUUCGAUGUUUAUAGUCAUUUUUUUCAAGGGGAAAAUUGUUUCCUUGACAAGUUUGAUUUUCCAUUGUGAGUUAUGUCUCAUACUCUCAUAUAAGAUUUAUUUCAAUAUGUUUUUCAAUGAAGUGUUCUUCUUCUCU